UUAAGCUAAACUGGCCAACAGACAGCAAAUAUAUCCACCAAAGGUUUUUAAAACCUUUUUGUUAGAGUAAGUGAAAAAUGCACCUCUUGUUUUGGAGGCAGUCUUCUCAGUGAGAAGAAUACAUUGAAUGUGUUCCGGAUUACUAUUUUCUGUUUUGUCAUGGGACAGUUUGGAGUACACAGAAUUUUCUUUCUAGUCAUUUCCUUGAUAAAAAACUCAGAGAGUACAGAACUACUGGCAGAGUUUAAAAAGUGCGGAGACGUGGAAUGUGAAACUUUAAUAAGCAGAGCAGUAGCCAUAAGAGAUUACAAAGGACCUGACUGCCAAUACUUAAACUUCAAAACGGGAGAAGAGAUAUCUGUUUACGCCAAACUAUCAGGAGAAAGAGAAGACUUGUGGGCAGGAAGUAAAGGAAGAGAUUUUGGAUAUUUUCCCAAAGAUGCAAUCCAAGUUGAGGAGGUAUUCAUUUCUGAAGAAGUUAAAGUAGCAACUAAAGAAUCUGACUUCAUUUGUCUUCAUGAAAUGAACUAUGUAUUUGAAAAUGAAGAGGACACAUUACACAGUGAUAAUGAAGGAACUGACUACUCAGAUGUAGAAGAAGAAAACCAAGAAUCUGUUAUAGAUGAAAGUGAAUUCCAGAGAACAUUUGGAAUUUACUUAACUCCUGAAUAUACUGAGUUAGAUGACCUGUCCCCAACAACAGAGGGUGUAGAAAAUAUCAGAAGUACAGAUGAAUCAAAAGUCUGGGGGAAAGUAGAAACUGAGAGUUUAACAGAGAGUGCUGCCAAUCAAGAAUCUCCAAGUCAUGUUGCCCAAGUGGAUCCUCCACCAUCUUCUUGGAUUACCAGAUGGUUUGGUGGGGGAAAUGAAGAAGUUGAAGAAGAGACUUUUGAAUCAGUUGCUGAACCACAACAGGAAAGUUCAUUUCUCAGUAGAAAAAUAGCUGUAAGUGAUGAGAAUGACUUAAAGGAGUUAAACAUUGACCAGCCUCUAGAAACGCAUGAGUCAGAACCUACAGCAGAAUUUGAUCCUUGUCCACUAGGGCAGCCUGCACCAGAAUCUGAGCUUGAAGAAGUACCUGAUCCUCAGCCAACUGCCUGGCUUGAUGAUGACUUUAAAGGAUAUUUUGGUUUUGACCAAGAGGAUCCAGAAUUUAAGUUAUCAUCCAAAGAAAAUACUUCACUAUUACAAGACAUUCCCAUCACUGUUCCAUCUGAUCAAGAACCCAUAGUUCCACAUAGAGAAAAACUACCAGAAAUAGAGCACCCCCAGACAAAUGAUUACCCAGCUCUUCAGCCAAGUUGGUUUGAUUUGGGUUUCAGUAAUAUGCUGCACUUUGCAUAUGCUGAAGAAGAGCAAAUGAAAACAGAUAAGCAGCAAAGAGAAGGCAGCAGUGGAGGAAAUGACAAUGAAAAUCUUUUAUCAAGUGAUUUUGACCCUGAUAAUAAUGAGGAAAGAGAAAUAGAGGAAACUGGGGAAACUGAAGAUCAACCAGAAAAGAAAGGGAUUUUGCAGGAGCCAGGAAGUUCUGAUACUUCACUUUAUUUGGAAAGGUUGUUGGAUAAUGCUGAUAACUCUUGGAACUCCCACAAUAUUCCCAAGGAAAUCAAUUCACAAUUUUCCAAAAAAUCUUGGGGUCAAGAUAAACCACGUGCAACUGAUAAAACAGAAGAAUUCUCAGAUGAAAGUAAAAUAACAGAAAAUGUGGAGGUUGGGUUGAAAACCAGAAACAGUCAGUCAGACUCUAAAAUGAAAUACAAGGAGGAAUCCCAGUGGCAACAAGUAGAAAAAUCUACAUCUUCCACUCCUGAAAGAAGCAGUACUAUAGCAGAAGAUACACAUGAGUCUCAGAUACUUGAAUAUUUACUUCAAAUUAAAAUUUAUGACCUCCUGAUUUCUACAAAAAAGGUUGUAGAAGUAUUGCCUGAAGAUAUGAGGCCAGGUACUCAUCUAUAUGGAUUUCCCUCAGAAUUGGUGUUCUGUGCAGUUAUAGUUGGCUUUUUUACAGUUCUUCUUUUUUUGUGCAGAGCUUUUAAUUCGGUUAAAAGCCGACUUUAUUUAGGAAGGGAAAAACGACUUGCUGAAAAGGUUUCUGAACUAGUGGAAGAAAAAUGUGAGAUUCUUAAACAACUUAGCCUUUGUCAAAAAGAGUGUGAAUAUCUAGAAUCAUCUUUAAAAGAUGGAAACUUUGAGAAAGAGUCAUCAGAAAUAGCCAUACUGGAGUUGUUUGAAGGAUCACAAAUAGAGACUGAACAUGAAAAGAUGAACAGGUCAAACUCUGAACUUAGGGAUAAAAUACAUUCUCUAGAAACAUACUUGGAAGAGGAGAAAUCUAAACGAUCAGAACAAGAUGAGUUGGUGGCUGACAUUAAAAAACGGGUACAGUCAUUUGAAGAUGAAUUAAAUGCUAUCAAGUCACAAGUAGCUGAAAUUAGAACAACUCUAAAAGUAUUUCAGCUCAAUGGAGAACGACUGAAAACAUCAAAAGAAGAUGCACUGAAAGAAAAUUCCCAUCUUCAGGAAAGCCAAAAACAGCUUUUACAAGAAGCUAAAGGGUGGAAUGAACAACUGGAUGAACUUAACGAACAGAAAAAAAUGUUUGAAACUUCUAAAGCAAAUAUGGAGCAAGUUUUAAGUAAUAAAGAAAGUCAGAUCAAGUCUCUGACAGAAUGCUUGCUGAAGAUGAAAGACUGGGCUGCUGUACUAGGAGAAGAUAAUGUCAGUGAUAAUCAUUUUGAAGUGGAAAUAAACAGUGAAUCCGUGAUUGGAGACCAUUUAGAUGAUCACCAAAAGCAGACUGUGAAAAAACUGAUUUAUGCUGCUAAGUUGAAUGCUUGUUUAAAAACCUUGGAAGCAGAAAGGAACCGUUUAUAUUCUCAAUUGUCUGAUGAAGAUAAAACAAAGGAAGAGUAUAAAGGUCAGAUUGAAGUUCUUCAGACUGAGAAAGUGUCUUUGCAGACUGAAAAUGCAUAUUUUAAAAGUGAGGUGCAAAAGCUUCAACAAAAACUUAAAGUAAUGACUGAAUUGUAUCAAGAAAAUGAAUUGAAACUCCAUAGGAAACUGACUGUGGAAGAAAAAGAUCGCUUGCAGAAAGAGGAGAAACUUUUCAAAGCAGGAGAAAAGAUUAGUCAUGCUUCUGAAGAGCUUAAUUCUUACAGAGAACGAGCCAAGGAUCUUGAAGAAGAAUUGCAAAGGACUAUUCAUUCUUAUAAAAGCCAGGUCAUUGCUCAUGAGAAAAAAGCUCAUGAUAACUGGCUGUCAGCCCGUGCUGCUGAAAGAAAUCUCAGUGACUUAAGAAAAGAAAUUGGAUACAAUAGACAAAAGUUAACUGAAGCUGAAUUUAAAUGUGACCUUUUAGAAAAAGAUUUUUAUGCCCUCGAUGUUCCAAAUAGAUCCUUUAGCAGAGAGCAUUCCCCAUAUGGACCCUCACCAAUGGGUCGGCCUUCACCAGAAAUGAGAGCUUUUCUCUCCCCUCCAACUUUGUUGGAGGGUCCACUCAGACUUUCACCUUUGCUUCCUGGGGGAGGAGGAAGAGGUUCAAGAGGACCAGGGCAUCCUCUGGAAUAUCAGAAUGUCAGUGAGAAAGGAGAAUUUUCUGAUCCCCAAAAAGCACCUUCUGACACUGGAUCUCUGUCACCUCCAUGGGAUAGAGAUCGUAGAAUGAUUAUUCCUCAUCCAGAUGAAAUGGAAUCCAACAGGAAUGAUACCAAAGAUGAUUUUGGCAAUUUAAAUAUGCCUGACCCAUCUCUCGUACCUCAAAGUGAAGUAGCUGGCCCAGGCUUUGUUCCACCACCUCCUUUGUUGCCAGUGGAUCCAAGAGGGUCAAAAAUGAGAAGAGGACCUCCUGUUAUAUCUCCUCUUCCAGGAAUUAUGUAUGGACCUCCCAGGGGAUACUUUCCAGCAAGGAAUUUCCCUGGCCCACCCCAUCCUCAGUUAUCAAUGAGAAGUGUUUAUCCACCCAGGUCCUUUCCUCCAUAUCCUCCUCCAAGAGAUGGAUUUUUUCCUCCACCUCCACCUCUACCUCUACCUCCACCUCCUGAAAGUAAAAAUGAGCAAUCUUCAGAGAUGACUCAGCCUUCAAGUGAGCCUGCUGCUGAUCUUGAAGAGCCACCACAAGAAAUCUGAGGGUUCUUUUUUCACCAAAAUAAUUUAUGUAUUUUUUAAUCAUCUCAUUCUCGGUUUAAGUAACUAAGUUUAAGUUUAAGUUUAAGUUCAUUGGUUUUACUGUUGCUCAAAUUGAAGCUUGAUAGAAUAAUAAUUUUCAUUGUAAGGUUUUGUCAAUAAAAUGAUUUAACUGAGUUCUAUGAAUAAAUGGUUUCCCAUUGUACAGAAACUCCUCAUAAGUUUGAAAAUGUUCAUUUUAACUUGGUUAACCAAGCCACCAUAAUCUAAACUAAAUAAUAUGCAAGUUUUAAGUGAUUAAUUCAGCUCUGGGAAAUAUUUGAAAUCGCUAAGGCCAUUCCUGCCUGCUGAGGGCUCUAUUUAUUGUGGUUAUAAGACAGAGAUAAAAGUAACUUGAUGUUUACCCUAAAAUAAUAAAUUUCAGUUGGUUUAAAA